AUGGCGGGGCCUGAAACAAGUAAACAUACAGCAACUAGCAAGACCACGGUUCAGGCUCAACCAACCAGGAAAACGGUUCGUAGGUUUGUUGGAGUCCGGCAAAGGCCGUCGGGUAGAUGGGUGGCGGAAAUCAAGGACACGUCUCAACGUGUGAGAUUAUGGUUAGGAACAUAUGAUACACCAGAAGAAGCUGCCAGAGCCUAUGACGAAGCGGCUCGGGCCCUACGUGGGGAAAAUGCUCGAACCAAUUUUGCCUUGGUUAAUCGUUCGAGUCAACCAGGUUCGCCCCCUCCAAACGGAAGGUUCAUAUCUGAAUCGAAUGAUCAGCAGGCUGGACUUAGCUUCUCUACUUUGAAGGCAAAAUUGAGCAAGAACCUACAAAGUAUCGUGGCUAGGAAUUCAGAAAAUAAUAAGUCAACAAAAAGUAGAGUGAGUGAUCACUGUACCUUUGCUAAUAUAUUCCACUUCAGGAGCUACCAAUACCAAAGCCCAAUGGAUAUAAAGAACAUUGAAAAAGCGGUGCAACCUAGCAUAAUCGUGCCCCAUGUAGCGGACGAGCCAUAUUCUUGGGAAAGCUAUGGUGUUUCAGAUUGGAGUAGUGAAUGGAUCGGGUUCCGGCAACCUGGGGUGGAUUCAUACGUGUCAGAUGCUGGAGAAGUUAGCGUUGGCGAUCAAGGGUUCACGGAUCAAAUGAUGGGGUGGAUUGAUAACCCAGAAAUUAAUAGCAGUCAUGAGGGUUGGGGGAGUAAAAGGCUAAAGGUUUCUUCUUCAGUUGUGGUUCCUCCAACAUUUAGUGGGCUUCCACCUAGUGCUGGAGAAACGAAAGGAGUUCUAUUAUAG